AUGGCCAAAUCCAGAGUUACGCCACUCAAGCCAGUAACCAUACCUCGUUUGGAACUUACUGCUGCUCUUGUCUCUGUUACGGUCAGCUCCCAACUCCUCGAUGAGCUUGAAAUUAGCAAUGUUGUUGAAUGGUUCUGGACAGAUAGCACUGUUGUUCUGGGAUACAUUGCUAAUGAUUCUCGGCGAUUUCAUGUUUUUGUUGCCAACAGACUUCAACAGAUUCGUGAUCACACAGAGCCAUAUCAGUGGAACUAUAUCAGUUCAGCAGAGAACCCAGCAGACAUGGCAUCACGUGGUGUCACAGCCGAUGAGUUACGAAAGAGGAAGGAAUGGUUCAGAGGACCGAAGUUUCUAUGGGAGUCCAGUUUACCAUUUACUGUUAAGCCUGUCAGCAUGCCAAGUUUAUCGGAUGAUGACCCAGAGGUUAAGCGUUGUCAGGUGUUCGAGACGAAGGUAGAACUUACGGAGUGUACAUCAUUAAUGGACCAUUUAGAACGUUAUUCUGAUUGGACCCAUGCCAAGAGACUCAUAGCGAACUGUCUUAAGUUUAAGUCAUUACUUAGGAAGGAUGCUUGUCAGAAGGGGACAGACGCAGUGCUUUGCAAAGAGCAAGGAUUGCCAGUAGCAUUAUUAGAGGAAGCAGAAUUGACUAUUGUAAGAUUAGUUCAAAAAGAGGCCUUUAGUGAAGAAUUGAAUUUUUUUAACGACAUCAAGGGAUGUGAGGAAGUUAACAGGAAGAAAUCCGUUCGAAGGACAUCCUCCCUUUACCGACUUGACCCAUUUCUGGAUUAUAAUGAUGUUUUGCGAGUCGGUGGUCGUUUGCGGAAGGGAGAAUUUACGUCUUAUGUUAAGCAUCCAAUCAUUUUACCAAGGAAGUCUCAUGUAACAAGGCUUAUCAUCCGACACUUUCAUGAACGCAGCAGACACCAAGGACGAAGUAUUACCUUUGCUUCUAGGAAUUAUGUCAAUGAUCCAAGUAUACAUAUUUAUGAUGAAGAAAAGUGCAUGUAG